AUGUCGUCUCGGGUUGGUUCAACAUCGUCCAUGAAUGUUCUGGCGGAGAAGUUGUCGUGGUACUGCGCCUUGUUCAUGGCGCUGAUGCUGGUUCUGAGCUGCUGCGAGUCGACGGAGAACGAGUUCGCGGCGAAGAUGAUGGUGGAACGGCCGCCGCACGCGGCGGCGGCGGGGGUGUGCGACGAGAUUUACGUGGUGCGGGAAGGGGAGACGCUGCAUACCAUAAGCGACAAGUGUGGAGACCCUUUCAUCGUGGAAGAGAAUCCUCAUAUUCAUGAUCCCGAUGAUGUCUUUCCUGGCUUAGUUAUCAAGAUUACUCCAUUCAACCACCGUCUCUAG